AUGGUCAUCGUACGCGUGGUUCAGCACAUCGAACUACGCGAUGAAAUCCAGCGAGUGAAAACUAAAACGCUUUGCAAACGCAUCGGAAAUCUCAAUCCUAUCUACACCGAUGAUGGUGUGCUAAGGGUCGGUGGACGACUCAAGCAUUUCAACUUAUCCGACGAAUCAAAGCACCAGCUGAUUCUUCCGAACGCAAGACCAGUCACACAUCGCCUGAUCCGAGAAAUGCAUCACGAACUUUUCCAUAUUGGACCGGCUGGGCUUCUUUCUGCAAUCAGACAGCAGUUUUGGUUGCUAUGCGCUCGAUCAACCAUUCGACAGGUGACUAGGUCAUGCGUGAAAUGCUUUCGAUCGAAUCCAACAGGCAUUUCUCAGCUCAUGGGCGAUCUUCCAAAACAACGAGUGACACCAUCCCCCGUCUUCAGCAUUACUGGUGUGGACUAUGCCGGACCGAUGCUUGUGAAGCAAGGAUCACAUCGUCCAACGGUGGUCAAAGCUUACAUCGCGGUUUUCGUUUAUAUGGCAACGAAAGCCGUACACUUGGAGUUGGUGUCCGAUCUGACAACCGAUGCAUUUCUCGCCGCCUUGCAACGCUUCGUGAGCCGUAGAGGAGUUGUUUCGCAAAUUCAUUCUGAUAAUGCGACAAAUUUUCAUGGUGCUAAGAAUGAGCUUCACCAUGUAUUCGAGAUGUUCCGGAACCAGCCCGACGUAGACAAGAUAGUAAGGUUUUGCCACUUGAAAGAAAUUGAGUGGCAUUUCAUUCCGCCAGACUCUCCCGAGUUCGGUGGCCUGUGGGAGGCUGCCGUAAAGAGUACCAAGACACACUUGAAACGAGUGAUAGGAAAUAAAACGUUAAAUUUCGAAGAAAUGGACAAAAACCGACCUCCACUGCACUGCAAGCUCGGUCGUAUCACCAAAGUCUAUCCUGGUCCCGACAGUUUGAAAACCAAGGCCAACCUGACGCUUCAACCGGGGGCAGGAUGUUACGUACACGGUUAG